AACCAGUAGUAUAUCAAACUGCACGGCGUACAGUCGAGAACGUUAAUUUAUAUAACCGUUUAUUAUCCCUCUUGGCGCUCGAAAAUUUCUGAAUCUCGCAGUUACGGUGGAGUAAAAAAUUCAAAUAGACAAAAAUCUGUGUGAGCUAAAUAAAAAUCGGAAAAAGGAUCGGUUUGUUGUACGAUCACGUGACACGUUGUACGUAAAACCCGCGAGGCUGUCGUCGCGGAGAUGGAAGUCCAUGGUGGAAGGAUCUUAGUGCGUUGAUCAAACGACUGCAUAAAAUUUUACACCAUUCAUCAAAAUAGCUGAGAUUUCGUUCUGUGUACAGUUGACGCAUUUCCUUUCAAAUUUCGGUAGAGCACAGAUCGUCAUUUUUUUAAUUUCGCAAGUUCAUAAAAACGAUUACAGCAAGUGUGUGUUUACCCUGCGCAGUACAUCCUUCAGGAUUCCGUCGCGCAGCAUUGCCAACGUUUAUAAACACGAACGAACACGUAUACUGUGAAUCGUCGUUUUAUAAAAUAAAAAGAAAACACUCGGAUCGUGUUCUCUGCUCAGAAACACGAAUAAUGAAACAACAACAAAGCGGAGACAAUGAUUUUACUUGUUUCUUUUGCUUUUAAAAAUUCUUAAAAUCGCACGACUAAUCAGGAAAUUCUUUUUUACAACACAAAGAGACGUACGUAAAUGUAGAUGGAAAUUUUGACUUUCACACACACACGUGAACCUGUAGACUUUACACAGAUCGUUUCUAUUGACUCGAUUUGUUGACAAAUCCGUUGAAAUACACAUAAAUACAUAUAAUUUUGAAUACGUCCAUCGACAUAUGAAUUUUAAGUGCAUAGAUGACACCAUAAUUACGUACACACGUAUACGCGUAAAUAUAUGUAUAUGAAAGGCAUGCGAGUAGUGGCGCGCGGUAACGGUGCGGCCCAACAGUCAAAGUAGUAGCUGCGGGCUAGAGCUCCGUGAAAAUACACGUCCGGGAAGCAGCGGCAGCAGCAUGCUGUGUUAGCAACGAUCACGGUGCGCCACAAGCCGCCUAUUUGUGUGUUUAUCUCUCUCUUUUUCUCCCGUUCUUCUCAAUACAUGUGUACCUAAAGUUUUCGACGUGUGUUUGGUGUGUGUUCAGUGAUACAAGGUGUCGUGUUUCGUGGUUUUCGAAUGACGAAUAAAGGAUAAAACAAAUCUUAAUACUCGCGAGCUCUCCUUUCCCAAAGCAAUUCACCGGAUUAUAUAUCGGGAGUUUUACUUUUUAUUGGUUUUCUUUAUCGUUCUUCUCGAAAUGAAAAUGUGCAACGAGUACGCGACAACGAGCCACCUCGAAUUUAUACGAAAUGGGGCUUCUUGGUGAUCAUCGUGAAGCCCAAAAAAUCGGAGCCUGGAGCACCUACUGAGGCAUGGAUGUCAUCGGGGACGGCGAUGAGCAGACCCUCCAGGCCAUUCUCGGAAGGGGCGAUUUCGUAGGUGGCAUCGACAACGAGGCACUCGAUUUUUCUCAGCUGGAAGACUUCAUCAACAGCGAUAGCGAACAACCGGCAACCUAUUUUGCCGACACACUCGCUCACAACGAGAAUGGUGGGACAGCGAACCACAACGGACGAGUCGAGGCGACGAAUCAACCACCACCGACCAGACUGCCGUCGCCCAUCACCCAAAAUCUUCCGGUCGGUGCACCCUGUCCACCCGGAAGUACUCCCGUACCACCCUCGACUACGUACAAGGAUCCUCAAACAUACGCCCUUCCGCAUGCAUUACCCGAGAGUCCACCUGACAGCGGAAGCGAGCCUCCGUAUUCGCCGCCAGGUCACCAUGAAACCUCGCAACAUGUACAUUCGCCACACGAAAAAGCUGCGCUCCAAGAAAUUCUAUUACAACACCAAAACAACGCGACGAAUUACUCCCCAAAUUUGUUGCCACCUUCCCCCAGAGCAAUCGCACCCACCAACGAUACCCUCCUCUUAACUCACCCUGUAUUAACGCCCCUUUUAACUCCAUCGACUCCGAGCCUCACGCCGCAACAACCACUUGGUACGUCUUUGGUUCCUCUACCUCAGGAGCACAGUCCUGGUGCUGGCAUUACGACCCUCUACUCUUCUCUUCAGUCAGCACCGAAGAAAAGAAAACUCAGUCAGGAUGGCCUCGUUCAUGUAAAACAAGAACCAGAGUUGGGAACAGUGGAGCACAGCUGCAGCAGUAGCAGCGCGGUGCUGGACGGGGACGAGGUCAACGGCGACAAUUCGUACAUCGACGCGAGUUAUCAAUGCAUAAGAUUCCAUCCGUUCCAGCAGACGUCGUGGCAUGCGUUGUGCGACCACAAUCUCAAAGAGUUGCCGACACCGCAUUACAGGGUGGACGCUGACAAGGGCUUCAAUUUUAGCAAUUCCGACGACGCCUUUGUCUGUCAAAAGAAAAACCAUUUCCAGAUCACUUGUCACGCUCAACUCCAGGGCGAAGCAGUAUUCGUCAGAACUGGCGAAGGCCUCAAGAAAAUCAGCAGCUUUCAGCUCCAUUUUUACGGCGUCAAAGUCGAAUCACCGACGCAAACGAUACGCGUCGAACAGAGCCAAAGUGACAGGAGUAAAAAGCCAUUUCAUCCUGUGGUAGCUGGUUUCAGGGUGGAAUUGGGCGGCGAACGAGUGACCAAAGUUACGGUCGGACGCCUCCACUUCAGCGAAACGACGAGCAAUAAUAUGAGGAAGAAGGGCAAGCCGAAUCCGGAUCAACGCUACUUCCAUCUCGUCGUAGGAUUGCACGCGCACACCGCCGAUCAAUCCAGUUACCAAGUCGUCGCACACGCCUCCGAAAGGAUUAUUGUUAGGGUAUUUGUGCAGGCGAGUAAUCCUGGACAAUUCGAGUCAGAAGGUACGGGGGUUGGUGCCGAAGGUGGAUGGCAAAGAGGAGCUGCACCGGACAGCGUUUAUCAUGCUGGUCGGGUUGGUAUAAACACCGACAGGCCGGACGAGGCCCUCGUUGUACAUGGCAACAUGAAAGUAACGGGGCACAUUGUCCAGCCGAGUGAUGCCAGAGCGAAGCAAAACGUUCAGGAAGUCGACACGCGGGAGCAGCUUCGAAACGUCCAACAAUUGCGAGUAGUUCGGUACAGAUACGCACCAGAGUUUGCUUUGCAUUCGGGAAUCGGUAUGAAAGCGCAAGAAGACACGGGCGUUAUUGCCCAAGAAGUACAAGAGAUAUUGCCCGAAGCUGUAUUACCCGCUGGCGAUAUUGUUCUUCCGAAUGGUCAAAGAAUCGAAAAUUUCCUGGUCGUCAAUAAGGAAAGAAUAUUUAUGGAGAACGUGGGCGCUGUCAAAGAAUUGUGCAAGGUCACUGAUAGCUUGGAGACUCGAAUAGAUCAAUUGGAAAGGAUCAAUAAGCGUCUGGCGAAAUUGAAGCGGGGCGACAGUCUCAAGAGUUCCGUCAGCACAGUGUCGAGUAUUUCUAGCAAUAAUUAUGCAUCCUCGACCAACGCGAAGAACGGCCUGCCCAGUGGGAAUGCCAAGAGAUCGUCCAAAGACGAGGAUCUUCUGUGCAGCAAUAAAUUCAUUCAGAUCAUAAUCGUUAUCCUCAUUCUUAUAAUGGCUUUUUGCCUCGUGGCAAUGGCGACUCUGUACUUUCUGGAAUAUCAAAAGAGAAGUAACCUCGAAUGGUCGGCUGUAGCGGGUGCUGGUAUGCUCGCAAUCGGGCCCGUCCACGUCCCGACAUUACCCACGACCCCGCAGCACGAUCCUCGUUUCAAUCCUCGCCUCGAUAGCACUUUGUCGCCUUCUUAUACCAGACACGGUUUAUUCACAAAAGGAGAAAUGGACCCCCACAUAGGUGUGAAGGGCAAUACGGUUUCUACGCCUUCUCCAAGCACCAAAGAACAAAUUUAUACACACGAAAUAACUUGGUAUCCUUUUGGACAUUCGGGACCGCAGCCGAAGCCUGAAAAAAAUAGUGAAUUUCCGAGCAAUUGGUUAAGCAGAAGCAAUACAGGUGCGGUACCGAGCAAUGUCGAUGAAAAUGAUCAAAGUUCGGACGUCGAUGCUCCACCACCAACGAAGGGUCCCGUGGCUCUGGGACGACCAGCGGAUUGUCCAAUCCAUUUCACCGAAUUAGAUAGCCCGUGUCAGAUAUAUUGUUGUGCCUCGGAAAUUCACCAGCUUGAAGAACCUCAUCCGGAACAUCCACCGGAAAAAAAGUCCAUGUCAGACCAUCUGGAGCAACCGUUGAGUAUACAUGAGGAGAAACGGAAGUUAAACAAGGGCCUGCAAAAUGGCAUUAGUCCGUCCGAUCCGAGCACUCAGACUCUCGUCAAAGAGAAUAACUACAAAUAUCUCCACAAACGGACACGAAGAGAAGCCGGGGGCGGUGGGGAUUGGGGAGAAGUAGCGAGCAACGCAGCUGGUUCUUUGCCUCCAGAACCCAAGCCUCAAUUGCACAUUGUCGCAAAGAGUUUCAACGCUACUCUCGAUCAAAGAUACUGUUCAAUAACUUCGGCAAGCACACCGAACAAUUUCAGUUGCAGCGUACCCCUCUCAAAACACAUGCCUGACACUCAUUUGACGCUACAUUUCGUUGGCAUGCCGUGGUACUGGCAAGUUGUCCAAAAUUGUCCCGUUCCACCGAGCGCUGUAGUCGAUGAAGCAAUGAUGUGUGGUGGUUGGGGUUACACCGUUCAACAUCAGCAACCACAAUUCACAGAAACAACCAACCAGCCUGGUGAUCAAUCCUUCACUCUUGACGUUGCUUACUAUCUGAGAAAAACUUUGAUAUUCCGUGUCCCUACUGUACAACCUCAGGAGAAUGUCUGCAAGAACAGGCAUGGCGGUGAUUAUCUGGAGUUUACAUUACAUUUCUACAGAGAUUGCGACGGUUGAACACGCUCGUGGAACACGUCCGAUCGAUAUUGCGAAUUAUAGUGCCUUUUAUGAAUGGUCACAAUUUUGUCGACUCGAUAAAAUGACAUUUUGAACAGAAUAUAUGUUCGUACUGGAUUGCGAAUUUUCCACGGUAAAGCAAGAAAAAAGAAAAGAAGAGAAGCUUUUAUGAUGAGUAAUCAAGCGUGACUGGCUGAAGGUCGUUGAAAACUAUCUUCGGUUAGGCAUCGAACGAAUGACUUAGAAAUUUGCUCGCUUAGUUUAACAUUAAACAAAAGACACACAUUUAAUGUAAGAAGCAUUUUGUAAAGUUUAGUACGUAUACAUGCAUGCUACAUACGACUCGAAGAAUCUCAAUUUAGGAAUUAUCCAUCUCAUUCGGUAGGGCGAAUCUUCAAUAUUUUCUCGUUUGAAAUUAUUGAAGAAAAGACAUUAAUUUUUUUGUAUACAAUGAUGAAACCUUAAAGUAUUCUUGAAUCUCGUAUUCGUUAGUCAUUUGCUCGAGACAACAAAACUAAGACAUUAUCAUCACAAUGCGUGAGUGUUUAAAUUCGAAGAUUCGUUGCAUUUUGUUAUCGUUACUUUUACAUCUUGACACUUUCGUAAUUAGUUUAUUCAUGGUUUCUUUUAUUUUUUUAAACGUUAAAACAUUUAUUCCUAAUUUUACUAGAACGAAAUGAAACAUUCGUCUGUUUUUAUAGCUAAUAUAAUAACGGAAACGUAAUAUUUUGUUAAAGGAGAGGAACAAAAUUGUCCUAUAAGCUCGAAUUACGUACGAUACUUGGAAACGAUCGAACUCUGGGUUUGAGGCUACAACAUUUUUGUUGUCUACUCUCUCAGUAACGACAACGUAAUACUGUGAACCUAUAAUUAGUGCGUGCAGUUUAGAAAUUUUCAAUGAUUAAGCAACACGUCACAAAAAAAUUGUAAAUACACAAUAAUUUUAGAUGAUUAAGCACUCGAGAAUCCUCGAGCGAUAAUAAUACUAUCCCGAAGCUAAUUACAUAAACCGGAGAAACAUUAUAUUUUCUGUAAAAAUUGUAAUACGAUGUUUCGGAAUUUUUCCAACAGUUACACAUAUUUCCAUUUUUCGUUUACACGGCAGCAAAAAUAUGAAUAAGGAAAUGAAUAGGUGAAUAAUUGAUUAGUGAUUAGACGAUAAGAUAUAAAUGAAGCAAUUAAGUAUUAGUGGUCGAUUCAUAAAUUAAUAGUCUAUGAUCGCGUGGGACAUCAAAUUCGAUAGCCUUUUUAGCUUGCAGAUCAGACGAAUAGGUCAUUUUUGAAAUUCAUUUGUCUGACAUCAGAUCUUUGGUAAUUGACAAAUUUUAGACGAUUGGUAGAAAAAAAAGCACCAAAAAAAGAUCACCGAAGCCAAUGUUCGGUGAUAAUUACCUCCUUUUUGCUGCUACUCCAUCUUACACUGACAUUCAUACCUUGAGAAUAAAACUAGUGGUUUUUGGAGUACUUGGUAAGAGACUACAACCCGCAAUAUUUAUAAUUUAAAUAUAUUUUACUUGUGAUACAAAAGAGUUGAAUAAACUUAUUAAACUCGAGAAUGAUCCGACGAAUAUUUAUACUUGACAGUAUUUAUGAAAACGGCCUAUUUUUUUCAUCGACAAGAGAAAAAGCUCCAUAAAAUCGGUAAAAAAAAAACAACUGAACAAUUGUUUUAUAACUCAAUAGUAUUCUGCUUUUCAUUUUCAUUUUUUCACUCCAAGAGCACUUCGUUCUGUAACUCCUGAGACGAAUCUGUUACUGGUGAUGAGGUGCACUCCAAAAUUUGAUAUUCAAAAUAUGAUAAUCACAAAAUAUCAUUGCUCCAGAACAUAACAUAAAUAAACAUAGCGACGAGUAAAAAAAAAUACUCUUUUUUCGAAAUUGAACCCAGCAAGAUUAGAAAAAGUAAAUUUGAAGGUUGACUAUGCACAAAAAUAUCAUCCAUCGUUGCCACAUGCUUACUCCCGCAAAUAUGAAAUUUUUGUUUGAUCGUUUGAAGUUCCUGAGUUUCUUAUAAUACUGCAAUAUGACUAUCAGAAUUGUGAUGUUUUGGAGCCGUAAUAUGUUGGGGUAAACCUCAUGACGAGUAGAUUAAUUGAAGAUUGGAAAUGAAAAGGAAAUCAGUCAAAUUUCAGUGGAAUUUAUUGUUCGCCGCUUGAAUUUCGAAACAGAGCGCGCGCGCGCGCGCGUAAGCAAAAACGAGAAAAAAGUGAAAUAAUAUCGGUGCAAUAUAUAGAAGAGAAAAAUUGGACGAUUAUCAAAGUAUACAUAAAAUGCGUAAUUGAUUGUGUAUAAAAAAGUAUUCUCGUCAAACCCUGGCAUUUUAUAUAUUAAGAAACAGUCAAUACUCGUAAUUUGUACAAUUUGAAAAUUUUCGUAGUUGUGUAAUCUCGAAAAAGCGGGCCUUUCAAACGCAUUGUUAUUUUUUAAGAUGAGUCUACACGUCCGAGACGUCAAUAAUUUUGUUUUAUUAAGAGUUGAAAAAAGAGAGAACGAAAAAAUAACAAUGCAUUAAAAGCAACAGCGAAUGUGUAGAUUCAUCUUGAUCCUGGGAUCGAAAAUGUCUUGAAAAAAACAGAAAAUAAGCAAUUCACAUUUUAAGCGAAUGAGACGAGUAGAUAAUUGAUUUAUUGUGACGUAAGCGUAGACUUCGUAUGGCAACUAUUCUUCAAAUAACGUAGCCCUCCCCCAUCACCUACUUCUUUUAUGAUGAAACUAUAAAUAUUCGAAUUUAUACCAGUUACACACACCAGACACAACUAUUACUUAGCAUUAAAGAGUUUAACGUUUUCAGUGCCUUGCGCAUAUUUCAAUUCAACUGCGUAAUUGUAUAUUUGACAGGAAAUUUAUGUAAAUGUAAUAAUAUCUAAUACAUAUUUAUUUAAAAAAUA